AUGUCCCCGUUGCAUCCGUCAAAGGACGCCCUCCAAGGGGCGUUCUACAGCCCCCUCUCGGCAACAAACCGCACUCGUUAUCAGGCUCGCGCCGAACUCUUCCCCGUGCACUCUUCCGUUGUUGAAAAUGCCAAGGGUAAGGCAAAGCAACUGAGCGCCGAAGCAACAGCCGAAUUUGAAAAGGCGAGCGCAAAGGCUCAGGCCAAAGCUGGAAAGAUCGAGUUGUACUCUGGCAAAUACUAUGCUGCUUGUACCUUUGGCGGUUUGAUGGCUUGUGGCCUUACUCAUGCUGCUGUUACUCCUCUUGAUCUUGUGAAAACCCGACGUCAAGUUGAUUCCAAGCUCUACACCAGCAACUUUCAGGCCUGGGGCAAGAUCUACCGUGCCGAGGGUAUCCGUGGUAUCUUUACUGGAUGGAGUCCUACACUCUUUGGCUAUUCUGCUCAAGGUGCUUUCAAGUAUGGUUGGUAUGAGUACUUCAAGAAGACAUACUCUGAUAUGGCUGGCCCCGAGGCUGCCACCAAGUACAAGACCGGCCUUUAUCUUGCCGCCUCCGCCUCCGCUGAAUUUCUCGCCGACCUCGCUCUCUGUCCCUUCGAAGCCGUCAAGGUCCGUAUGCAAGGCUCAAUUCCAAACCCCUACACUGGAACUAUCCAGGGCAUCAGUGCUGUCACAGGCAAGGAGGGUGUUGCUGGUCUGUACAAGGGUCUGUAUCCGCUCUGGGGUCGUCAGAUUCCUUACACAAUGAUGAAGUUUGCCUCCUUUGAAACUAUUGUUGAGAUGAUCUAUGAUCGUCUUCCCGGUCAGAAGAGCGAUUAUAGCAAGGCUGCUCAAACUGGUGUAUCCUUCACCGGUGGUUACCUCGCUGGAAUUCUCUGUGCUAUUGUUUCCCAUCCCGCCGAUGUCAUGGUCAGCAAGUUGAACUCAAACCGUCAACCCGGAGAAGCUUUCGGUAGCGCCAUGGGUAGGAUCUACAAGGACAUUGGUUUUAGUGGUCUCUGGAACGGUCUCCCCGUACGAAUUGUCAUGAUCGGUACUCUGACUGGACUCCAGUGGAUGAUUUAUGACUAUUUCAAGAUCUUCAUGGGUCUCCCAACUACUGGUGGCGGUCCACCACCAGCCAAGAAGCAGGAGUAA